CGGAGACGGGACAAUUAAUAGCACCUUGUACUUUUUCGUCUCGGACUUAACGGACGCAGCAGGAUCUUUUCCUCCACGACCAGCCAGCGCUUCUAAAAAGACAGCCAUGGCACUGGUCAGCUUCCCCGUCUCUCGCGUUGCAGUAUUAUAUAAAUGCCAGCACCUAACCUGCGCUCCUUUCUCCGGCGUGUCUUUGGCCUUCGCCCUGAGGCCAGAAAUGCAUCUCCUGGCCGGCCUGCCUCUCGUCGACCGUCAGACUUCAGCAUGAGCUCCUCCACCACCGCUGUUCUUUACGCUAUUACCAUCACUACGUCACCGGCCUCCCCAGGCCCUGACGAUGUCUCGAAGAAGAGUCAUCAUCUCAAAGUUGGAUUCACGAAUCCAUGGGAUUCGUGGAGGGAGUUUUCCGGUCCGCAAGUCAUUAAAGCGUUGAUAGCUCGACGACUAUCGGGAAAGGCAAAUACCCCGGACACCACCCCUCCAACGGUUCCGGUUCGAAAACCGGAGUUUCUCCCCAGUCGAGAGACACCGAAUUUGCGAGCGACAUGGCUCGGGCAUGCAUGCUACUACGUUGAAUUUCCUAGCGGCUUACGCGUUCUGUUUGACCCCGUCUUCGAGGACCGUUGCUCGCCAUUCUCCUUCGCAGGACCGAAGCGCUAUACCAAGAUGCCCUGUAAAGUUGAGGAUAUUCCUGUGAUCGACGCCGUUUUCAUCUCGCAUAAUCACUAUGAUCACUUGUCAUAUCCGACGGUGAAAGAAAUCGCCAAAUUGCAUCCGAAUUGCCAUUUCUUCGCUCCGCUCGGCAAUAAACGGUGGUUUACCGAGUCCGGAAUACACAGUGUGACGGAAUUGGACUGGUGGGAUGAGCGCGACAUCAUCCUCUCUCCGUCCCAACAGUCUACAACCGAGGUCGAGGCUCCGGGCGAGGCCAGCGUAAAGGCCGCGGACAUCAAAGCGCGGAUAGGCUGUCUGCCAUGUCAGCAUACAAGCGCAAGAGGUCCAUUUGACAAAUCAAAGACCCUUUGGUCGUCUUGGUAUAUCGAAUCCGGAGGUCGCAAGGUGUACUUUGCAGGGUAUGUGCCUGAAGAUUUUUGUCUGAGAACGCCGCGCUAAUUGCCACCUUCAAUAGAGACACAGGGUACCGGGCAGUCCCAGAAUUCCCAGACGACGUAGAUGAUUAUGCGCCCGAACAUAAACUGCCCAUCUGUCCUGCCUUCAAGCAGGUUGGCGAAUUCCGGGGACCCUUCGAUCUGGGGUUAAUUCCUAUCGGAGCAUAUGAUCCACGGUGGAUCAUGAGUCCUAUGCAUGCCAAUCCUCGAGAUUCCGUGAAUAUCUUCAUGGACACCAAGUGCAAGCAGGCCCUGGGUAUACAUUGGGGCACCUGGGUUCUAACAGAGGAAGAUGUCCUGGAACCCCCGAAGAAGCUCAAGGAUGCACUGAAGGUGAAUGGAAUUCCAGAGACUGGAGUAUUUGAUGUAUGCGAUAUUGGCGAGAGCCGUGAGUUCAAGCUGGAUUGAACUCAAAAAGAGCAGCCUCGCCAUCCAGGAUUCGGAGCAGGUGGUACAGGAUACAUGUCCAUAUGUAUAGAAGCAAAUUAAUAGUCUCAUCUCUGAUAUAAUGUAUCCGUAGUGCACGGAAUA